AUGUGGUUUUCAAAGUCUCAUUUCAACGUAGAUGGUAAAACUGCAUUGAUAGUUGGUGCCUCUCAGGGUCUUGGUGUUGACUUGGCUAGGAAACUAUACCUUCAAAAUUGUUCAAUUGUACUUGUUGCCCGAACGACUGAAAAACUUCAAUUUCAUGGAAAGUCAAUUUUGGCUCUUGAAACAGGACCAUCGCAUACUGCAAAAGUCACGUAUUUCACAUGUGACGCGUCAAAGUAUGAAGACUGUCAAAGAUUAUGGAAGGAUACGUACUCGCUGGGGUUUGAGCCUAAUGUGAUUAUUUGUUGUGCAGGAUCAAGUAUGCCCAAACUAUUCAAUGAUCUAACUGCUAAUGAUAUAUCCUUGGGUAUAGAUGUUAAUUACAAAACCGCAGUGAAUAUAGUACACUCGGGAUUCAAGUAUAUGCUUACAAGUCAACCCAGUACCACUCUUUCUAAGGAUUGGCCACAGAGACAUAUUGUUUUAUUUGGCUCUGUUGUUGGGUUCUUCCCAUUCAUUGGGUAUGGUCAAUAUGCUCCAAUGAAGGCUGCAAUUGAUUCAUUAUCAAUCAUACUCAGGCAGGAACUAAAACCAUACAAUUUCAGAGUAUCGUGUGUUUACCCUGGGAAUUUCCAAAGUGAAGGAUUUGAAGAGGAGCAAAGAACUAAACCACAGAUUACUAAAACUAUUGAAGGGCCAAGUAAGCCAAUCUCAGGAGAAGAAUGUGCUGGUAUUAUCAUCGAUAAACUACUGAAGGGAUACGACACUAUAACUACUGAUUUCAUUGGAUGGUUGUUGAGCUGUAGUGUAUUGGGAGUACGCCCGCACCAAUGGUGGAUUUUCCAAGUUAUUGUCAGCUUCAUAUUUCUGAUUAUUGAGCCAAUUGUGAUGUGGACCAUUGGUAGAGAUAUUGCAAACUCAUUCAAAAAGUAA